AUGUCGGCUCCAACGAUGCAGUCCACCUCUGUGCUCACCGAGCAUUUGCAGUACCCUGCCGUGUCGCUGGUCGACGAUAUCAUCAACGCUGUGAACGAAUUGAUGUACAAGUGUACUGCUGCAAUGGAAAGGUAUUUGCUGGACAGAUGCGUGAUCGGGGGAGUUGACCACACUGACGAGAUCAAGGUUGGCGUCGCAAAGCUGGAAACGUUGCUGGAAAACUCUGUAGACAAGAAUUUCGACAAGCUGGAGCUGUAUGUUCUGAGGAACGUACUAAGCAUACCGCAAGACCUGCUGGAUGCCAACGUGUUCCGUCUAGCUUACCAGAGGGACCUCAGGAUCGUAGAUGAGACAGAGCAAGAGCACAGCGUUAGGGAUAUCCACGAUAAGGUACAUCAAAUCGAGCUCGCCAUGGGCCUGCACCGCCAGUUGACCGCUCAAGUCAAGUCUGCCAAACUCCUCCAAUCCAAAGUUCGGAAUUUCAAGAAACUGCUGGUCCAGCUGCUUGAAUGCCGUGAACCGGAGAUGCAAGAGGUGUUCCGCUCUCUGAAACCGCUAGACGACUCCAUUCGUCUGAUCACCUCGCAGUUGAAACAGCUGUACGUGGAAAGCGAAGAGUACGGGUCUGCAGACCAGAUCGAGUCGCUGUCUCGACGGGCUCAGGCCAGCCGCGCCUCGCUCAAAUCGCGGGCUACUUACAUCGACAGCAAGACCAAGAUCAUCCUGGAUGCGGUGAACAAGCCCGAAAACACGAGCAGGACGCCCAGGGAAGCCCCAAUGGCUCCUUCUAGCUGCGUUAUCGAAGACCCAGAUCUUGAAUUGCUGGACGCUGCGCUCACGUGA